UCAGGUGUUACACUUAGGAAAGCUGCUUACUCGCUGCACCGAGGAAGUUUAUACAGACAAUCGGUUAUCUGCCGGUGCGGACAUUUGACUAUAGCUUGCCUACCACGCGUAUAUAUUUCCUCGUGUGUCCACUUGUAUUCAAAUGUGUGGAGCCUGGGAAAGCCAGGACAGAUAGUCUGGAUGUCAGACGGACAAAGAAAACAGGAGCUGGUUGAACAGUGGUCGCCAUGACCUUGUACCUGGCUGGCAGCUUGCGCUCCGCGGUAGAACCAAACUUGACGCAUCUUGGACCAUGAGAACGCGGAAAACUUUGGGAGAGAAAUAGCCUUCCGGUCGCCAUCCUGACUAGAAAGAGCAUGACGUCCUUAAGGCCUCCUUCACCCCUCCCCUCUUUUCUGGAUGUCAGCAAAGUGAGCUGCCUCUCUUGUUUUCUCCACCCCCCCCCCACUCAAAGCAGCCCUGCAUUAUCCUUGGGGGGUUGUACUAUCCCUGGCCCUGGACCUCCUGCAGGCUGACCAGCCCUGGGUGUGCAGCGGUCUGCCAACCUGUGAUUCUCAACAUCUCAUCUAUCUCCUCCUCCUCCUCUGGCUCCACCUGUUCCUCAGCUCCCUGGUGCUACUCCAGUCACUCCCUUCACCUUAGCCCUCCCCUGUCCAUGGAACGCUGGGCCUCCAGAGGGCUGCCUCCCUCCAUGUCUGCCAAAGACUGAAGAGCCUCGUCGUCCUCCACAACCAUGAACCCCUACCUAGAGCCACCCCGUAGUGCCCCGCCCCCCGACCUGGAUCUCUACCCGGAUCCAGAACUGUGUUCCCUGCCCCCCGGGCCUGAGUGUGCCAUAGACCUGGAGGCAGGCCCCGACCUGGAGUGUGCCGUCUGCUUCAGCCAGUUCAACAACGUGUUCCGCACUCCCAAGAUGCUCCAGUGCCGGCACACCUUCUGUCUGGAGUGCCUGGCGCGGAUGAACGUCAAGUCGUCCGAGCCCGACCGCAUCCAGUGCCCUCUGUGUCGUGGCCUGACGCCCCUGCCCUCCCUGGGGCUCCCUCGCCUGGCCAACGACCGCACCGUGCUCUCUUACCUCCCGGCCGCCAUGCAGCGCGUCUACAGCGUCCGCUUCAGCCGCCGCAAGGGCAAGCUCCAGGUCAAGAGGGCCUCGGAGCACCACCCCCACCUUGCGCGCCUGGGGUCCGUCAGCCAGUCCCUGGAUGUGGGGCUGCCCAGCAUCCCGAGCGGGGGCCCAGCCUCCAGGGAAGGGGAGCAGAGCAGUACCCUUCUCCAGCGGCUGUGCAUAAGACCAGCCUGCCGGGUGGUACUCAUGUCAGGGGUGGUGCUCACGAUAGGGCUGCUGGUUGGCAUCACCAUCUUCCUUUUCAUCAGUGGCCGUGUCUGAGGCCAGAUGCCAGCUGGUUCUGGUUGUUCAGCUUGCCUGCCUGUUUACUGCGAUGUUGGGACUGCCCUGGAGGCAAAGAAGACGACUCCUGCCUGGUUUGGGGAUAGCCCUGACCCUUUGUUGUUUUCACAUUACAAACCCAAGACGUUAUGGCCAGUGCACCUUCAUGCAAAUGCAAGCAGACUGAUGAUGGGAUAUGCAAAUGUUCAGAUGUGUUUUCCACAAUAAUGCUAAGACGUACGUCGGUGACAGAGGGAACAAGGGAUUCUAUCAACACUUAAUUUUUUUAAAGUUGUUUAUUUGUUUAGAUUUGAAUGUUUCCACUUCCUGUUUCCACUUUAAAAAAAGAACUAUUAUAUUGUACAGUCUUCCUUAUUUUAAAAGAAUUGUCUGGUUUUUAUGUCAUGUAGUAUGAAAAUUAAUAAAUAAUAUUUUUAUGUA